AUGUCUCUCAAAGUACCAAAGGCGAGCAAUCUUCAGCUUUUCAAGGACGGCUACAAGCAUCUCUCUGGCCUUGAAGAUGCGGUCUUGCGGAAUAUACAGGCAGUCGCAGAGCUUUCUGACCUUGUGCGCACGAGUUUCGGGCCAAAUGGCAGAAACAAGCUCCUCAUCAACCAUCUGGGCAAGUUAUUCGUAACAUCGGAUGCUGCCACCAUUAUUCGCGAGAUCGAAGUUGUGCAUCCUGCCGCGAAGCUGCUAGUGAUGGCGUCGCAGGCGCAGGAGGCGGAGAUGGGCGAUGCAACAAACAUGGUGCUCAUCCUCGCCGGUGAACUUCUCAAAAAGGCAGAACACCUGCUGAUUAUGGGCCUGCAUCCAAGUGAAAUUAUGAAGGGAUACGAGUUGGCUUGUACCAAAGCACUCGAAGAGAUCGAGAAUCUAUCAAAAACCUCACUGCCCUCACCACUUACGCAAUCCGGUCUCGCCGCUGCGUUGAAGCCCGCCAUUGCAUCAAAACAAUACGGUGUUGAGGACACUCUCGCAUCGCUGGUUGCAGAGGCCGCGCUGGCUGUAAUGCCACCAAAUCCGAAGAACUUCAACGUGGACAACGUGCGAGUGGUGAAGAUCAUGGGUGGCAGCUUGUCAGGAAGCAGAGUGGUAAGGGGUAUGGUGUUUGGCAGGGAACCGGAAGGGAUGGUCAAAAAAGUGAAGAAAGCGAAGGUGGCGGUCUUCACGAGCGGGUUAGACAUUGCACAGACAGAGACAAAAGGCACGGUACUACUCAAGAAUGCUGAUGAGAUGCUCAACUUCACGCGAGGAGAGGAAAAGCAACUAGAAAAGAUUUUCCAAGAGAUCGCGGACUCUGGCGUCAAGGUGAUCGUAGCAGGAUCAACUAUUGGCGAGCUCGCAAUGCACUACCUCAACCGCCUCAACAUCGCCGUGCUGAAAGUGAUGUCAAAAUUCGACCUCCGUCGUCUAUGCCGCGUCGUGAACGCAACGCCACUCGCACGUAUGGGUGCGCCCACAGCGGAAGAGGCAGGCUUCGUCGACGUUUUCGAGUGUAUCGAGAUUGGAGGGGAUCGCGUCACUGUCCUCCGACAGCUCGUCGAGGGUGACCCAGAGUUCGACUCUGCACCUGGCGCAGCCACUGAGAAGACGCGGACGUCGACUAUCGUAUUACGUGGAGCAACCACAAACCGACUGGACGACCUCGAGCGUGCAGUGGACGACGGCGUUAAUGUAAUCAAGGCGCUAUUGAAGGACCCACGAUUGGUGCCCGGCGCGGGAGCGACAGAGCUGGAAUUGGCACGACGUGUGGAGACAUAUGGUGCGGGACUAAAGGGCCUCGCACAACAUGCGGUGCGUCGAUGGGCCAGUGCAUUGGAAGUGGUUCCUAGGACAAUUGCUGAGAACGCUCUGGGCGGCGCUGAGGGCAACGAAAUCGUGAGCCGCUUGUGGGCGAAGCACGAGGGGCCUGGUGGCGAGGCAUGGGGUGUGGAUGUUGAAGAGGAGACAGAUGGAACCCUGAACGCGCCAGAGCACGGCAUCCUUGAUUCCCUGGCGGCGAAGUCGUGGGCAAUCCAGCUUGCAACUGAAGCCGCGGUCUCUGUGCUGAGCGUGGACAGCAUUAUUAUGUCCAAGCCUGCUGGUGGACCGAAGAUACCACAGCAAGCAGGAAAUUGGGAUGAGGAUGACUGA